AUGUCUUCUCUCGCUACAGCAACAUUCGUUCUCGCCAUUCUCGCACCUGUUGGCGGCCAAUAUCUCUUCCCCGAUUGCAACAAUGGACCGCUCAAGUCGAAUGCUGUCUGUGACACGUCCAGGUCAUCUGUGGACCGUGCGAGAGCUCUCGUCAACGAAAUGACUCUGGCAGAGAAGCUGAAUAGCAGUGGCAAUGUGAAUCCUGGAGUCCCUCGUUUGGGUUUGCCCGCCUAUGAUUGGUGGCAAGAAGCAUUACACGGGGUCGCUACUCGACACGGUGCCAACUACACCCCCGAAGGUGACUAUAGUCACGCCACCUCGUUUCCGCAGCCGCUUCUCAUGGGAGCCGCAUUUGAUGACGACUUGAUAUUCGAUGUUGCCACUGUCAUCAGCACCGAAGCCAGAGCAUUUAGCAAUGCGAACCGCCUGGGCCUAGAUCUAUGGACCCCUAAUAUCAAUCCGUUUCGCGAUCCGCGGUGGGGACGUGGGCAGGAGGUUCCUGGAGAAGAUCCGUUUCACCUACAGUCAUACGUCAAGGCCUUGAUUACCGGUUUACAGGGUGGUAUUGAUCCAGACGUGUAUCGCGUCGUGGCAACUUGCAAGCACUUCGCGGCGUACGAUCUAGAGAACUGGAACGGAAUCCGCCGAUAUGAUUUUGAUGCUCAAGUCAGUGCCCAAGAUUUAAAGGAGUAUUACAUGCCUCCGUUCCAAACCUGUGCACGAGAUGCCAAGGUUGGUGCUUUCAUGUGCUCCUACAACUCUCUCAAUGGUGUCCCAGCAUGUGCAAACGAAUACCUGAUGCAGACGAUUUUGCGUGAGCACUGGGGUUGGAAUGCCAGUGAUCACUGGGUCGUGUCGGAUUGCGAUGCAGUCCAGCAAGUGUUCAGCUCGGGCGCACACGACCACGCAUAUGCAGCGACUCGGGAGCAGACUGUGGCCGACACCCUCGCCGCAGGUACGGACCUCAACUGUGGCACGUACUAUCCAAACUAUCUCGGCGGCGCCAUUGCUCAAGGGUUGGUCGAAGAGUCCGUGCUGGACCAAUCGUUGAUUCGCCUCUAUUCUGCUCUUGUCCGACUGGGCUACUUCGACUCCAAUUCUUCACAUCCCUACCGUUCCCUGGGUUGGUCAGAUGUGUCCACGCCUGCAUCGGAGAGGUUGGCCUACAACGCUGCGGCGGAGAGCAUCGUCCUGCUCAAGAACGACGGCACACUCCCCUACGCCAUCACGCCCUCGACCUCGGUUGCGGUGAUAGGAGAAUGGGCCAAUGCAACCGUCUCGAUGCAGGGGAACUAUGCAGGCACCGCACCCUACCUCCAUAGCCCCUUGUACGCCCUUCAACAGCUCAAUGUGACCGUCAACUACGCAACCGGGCCGGGACAAAGCAAUCCGUUGACAGACUUUAUUCCAGCUGCCGUCCGCGCAGCCAAUCGCUCAGAUGUCGUCAUCUACAUUGGCGGCAUGGAUCAAGAAGAUGCCGACGAAGGCGACGAUCGGUACUGGAUAGAUUGGACCCAAACUCAGAGAGACCUGAUCUCGCAAGUGGCCGCGUUGGGAAAGCCGUGCAUUCUCGUUCAGAUGGGCAUGAUGCUGGAUUCGUCUCAAUUUCUCGCCAACCCCAAUAUCAGCGCCCUGCUCUGGGCUGGAUACCCAGGACAGGAUGGAGGGACGGCGAUAAUGGAUAUCAUCACCGGCACGGUCGCACCGGCGGGUCGACUGCCUGUAACCCAGUAUCCGGCGGGCUAUGUCAAUGACGUUCCCAUGACAGACAUGUCGCUCAGGCCGGGGCCCAACAACCCGGGACGGACGUACAGAUGGUACAAGGAUGCCGUCGUCCCGUUCGGGUUCGGACUUCACUACACCAACUUCUCGGCGUCUUUUAUGUCGAGUCCGUCGUCGACCUACUCCAUCGCCUCUCUCAUGGGCAACUGCACGGAUAUCUAUCCCGACCGCUGCCCCUUCCAAGCAUUCCCCGUCAACGUCACAAAUACCGGUAGCACCACGUCCGACUUUAUCACUCUGGGGUUCCUGUCAGGACAGUUCGGCCCGGAGCCAUACCCGAUCAAGACGCUGGUCGCAUACGACCGACUGCAUGAUGUCCAGCGUGGAAGUUCGCGGAUUACCAUGCUGAACCUUACGUUGGGCUCUUUGGCGCGGGUCGACGAGCUAGGAAACACCGUCCUCUACCCAGGCGACUACGCUCUGCUAGUAGACCAGCCGACACAGGCAAUUCUCAAUUUCACUCUGACUGGCGACGAGGUCGUCUUGGACGAAUGGCCUCAGCCACCCCAGCAAUACAUGCGAUAA